CCUUGGAAUUCCCAGACCUGGACAUCACCCCUGCUAUCAUGGAUAUCAAGGAGUACUACAGUCAGCUGGCAGAGAGCCUGCAGUUUGAGUGCGGCCCGAGAGCGGCCAUCGCUGCGGGAGCAAAAGGAGGAAACGGAAACGGGGCCACCGGGGCCAAAGCAGCAGGGGCCAGAGUGAAAGACGUCUCCAAGGUGACGGACGUGAAUGCCCUCAAGGCACUGAUUGCUGAGCUGCAGAAGGAGCUUGUCGAGCUGGAGAGGCAGAACGAGGAGCUGGAGGCCGAGAUCGAGGCCAGGAAAGAGGCUUACCUGCUGGAGAUUGAAGACAUGGAGAACUGCGUGGCCGACCUGAAGUACUCCCAGGCUGACCUUGAGGCCCAGAUGAAGGAGCACUGCAGUGACUACGACGAACUCCUGAGCCAGAAGAUGGCCCUGGACAUCGAGAUCGCCGCCUACAGGGGCCUGGUGGAGGAGGAAGAGGAGCGCUUGUACUGCCUGUAAAGGGACACCGGAGCGAGGGAUGAGCGAGGUCCUGACGGAGGAGAGGUGGGACCGAGGGGAGGAAGUGACAGAAUGGGGGAAGAAAACACACACACACGUACACACACACACACACACACACACA